AGUUUUUCCGAAUUAAACGCCCAAUUAAAAAGGUCCGCGCAUGGCAACGGAUUUUUUUACAUAUUUUCCGUGGUGCGAUUAACUCAGAAUGAAACUGUCAGAUUUUUGUUCAAAAGUUGACAGCAUUUGUUUCCUACGGGCGCGGUGUGGUCGGUUCGCAAUCAGCGACGCGCGCGAAAAAUGAGAGGUUGGCAAAAUUGUCGUGGAGGGAAAGUGCGUCGAGAAGAGACUAGGGGAAUCCUUAGUUCUCUCUUUUCGUGCACCAUGGUGAACUUGGAGGACGCCGAUUACGAGCUAAUGGAUUUUGAGGAUGAAUUGCUGACUUUGGCCCAAAACCGCGCCGCUGGGCUUUCGCCGCCACUGACAGCACCAGCAGCAGCAGCAAAAAAAAGACCACUACCACCACUGCCAUCAGGACGGAGAACAGCAGCAGCAGCACAGCAGCAACGCGGUCUGUCAGGGGAAAGCGGAAAUUGUCUUCAGGACGAUCCUGUUUCAUUUUAGUCUAGAGAGAAUUAGACCAGGUAACAUGUGGACAUUUACUAAAAUCAUCCAGGGAUCCGCUGAUCCUAUCAUACUGGAUGAAUCUUGGAAUGCGAUAAGAUGAAAAUACUGUUUAAUUUUAGUCUAGAGAGAAUUAGACCAGGUAACAUGUCACCAUUUACUAAAAUCAUCCAGGGAUCAGCUGAUCCCCUCAUACUGGAUGAAUCUUGGAAUGCGACAAGUUGAAAGUACUGUUUAAUUUUAGUCUAGAGAGAGUUAGACCAGGUAACAUGUGGACUCUUACUAAAAGAAGUGUAAAAUCUCUUGCCCAUUUUGAAAAAAUGCUUGAAAUCUCCCCAAAAACAAAAACAAAAAAUGUUUUUGUAAAAAAAUGCGCCAAGCAUAUAUUUCCAUGUUGUUCAUUUGAAAAAAAAACUCGUUGCACUCCGGGAGUGCAGACGGAAGUGAAAACUUGAACUUAUGGCGCGUUGGGCACUUUUUUGGGUGAGCAUUUUUAGGUGCGCUCGCGACAUGAGAAAUUGUACAUAAAAAAACAAGUUUAUCAAAGCAAUGUGGGCACUUUUUGAAUGGACAUGAAGUAUAAUAAUAUAGAAACUAUAUUCGAAGGAAGUGGUUUUAUUUAAAUGAGGAAAUAUUAGUAAAUAGUAAAUACAAAAUUUAUCAAUUCUCAUCCAUAAUUUCAACAACUCUUACAUCAUCAUUAUCAGCAUUUUCAUCAAAUUCUAAAACUGAAACAAUAGGUCUAUGGCAACUAAAGUGUGAAAUGAACAAUUUUGUUUCAAAUCUAUUUAUAUUUCUUGUGAAUACUGCAUCACUAGUAGUUUUGUAUUUUUUUGUGCUAAGAUUGCGAUCAUUGGACAUCGUUAAAUCAAAUUCUUCAUAUAAAACCGCAUCCAUUUUCAAGACAAAUCUAUAAUCAAAAAUAAAAAUGUAGAUUUUUUUAAAGGUAUAAUCGUAGCAUAUAUAUUUUUUCCGACCAUCCGAAUUUCCGAUCGUCGAUUCACGUCCCUAGUGAAAUUCUCUACUAAAUUAAGUAUAUUUUUGAUUUUUCAGGUUUUCCUACUUUUCCGGCUUUCCGAUAAUUUUUAAUUCUUAGCUGAAAUGAGCAUUCUGGUAAUUUUCCUAAUUCCCCAAAAUUUCGAGAUUUUCUGUAAUUUUGUAGAAAUUUGUCAACUUCAAACUUUAAAUGCAGCGCCUUUUUAAACGCUAGCGCCAAACUUGUAUUCUUUUAAUGUAACUGUUGCUAAAACAGGAAAUUGUUUCCCUAGCGGAAGACAGAAACAGCUCAUAUAUACCUAUGCGUAUACUAAUAGCAGUGAUGCCAGGCGGGGGCAAAAAUCCCGCGCGUGGGGGUUUCAUGCGCAAUUCCCUCGCGCAACUACUGUUGCGCAGUGGGGCAGUGGGACGUGUGGGUCCCGCAUCUGGCAUCACUGUAAAAUCUCAUCUGUCGCGAGUUCACGAGAAAAUGCUCACCCACAAAAGUGUCCAACGCGCCAUAAGAAGUUUUCACUUCAAAAAAAUUGAAAAAAAACUUAAAACAACAAUUACUUAAAAAUUGAAGCCACAAUUAUGGAAAUUUGAAAAAAAUACACAAAUAAAAAAAGAUG